GUACCGGUCUCACACUAACACGCGAUAAAUAGUAGGAACCGGAAACUUCCAGGCGCACAAAACAGCAAAAAGAAAACCGCAGCAACGAAACGACGGUCUACCGCCGAAGUAAUGAUUCGAUAAUGCGGCCAUGGCACUGCGCGGUUGGCGACUGUUUGGGGUGGCCGGCACCAUACUGGUGUACGUCGGUGGCAUACUGGUCCUGUCCUUCGUCAGCCUGCAGGGACCGCAGCAGAAGCGGGGCGUUCAUGGGCCGCGCGGGUACGGUGAGUUCGAGACGCUGCGCAACCGGGACCUGGGCCUGAUGGGCAAGAAGCCCCCGUUGCAGUGGUGCACCGAGCUCCACUACCGCGAUGCCCCCGCCCGGGUACCCCGCAAGCCGCCCAAGCUACUGCAGACAUUCCCGGGACACUUCGUCAAGAAGUUCAGCGUGUACAGCUAUCACCAGGGAAAGGGUGGCAGUGGUGGUAGCAGCAGCAGCAGCAGCGGCAGCAACAACGGUGACCUGAGGAAGCAGCACAACCAGAACCUACACUCAGUACCCGAGCCGGCGGGAGGUGCGGUGCCGCUCGUUGGCAGUUUGGCCUCCCCGGUCACCAGCAGUUCCUCGCAGUCCGUUUGGCCUAACAACGGUGACGCGCCUAGUGGUAAGCUAGUGGAUAGUGAUAGCGUAAGAAGCAGCGAAGGGCAGCUGCGGAGGUCGAAGCCGGAGCUGGCAGCGCUCGUGUCAUUCCCGGGCAGUGGCAACACCUGGCUGCGGUACCUCCUACAACAGGCCACCGGUAUUCUGACAGGAAGUGUGUACAAAGAUUAUGGACUCCUCAAAAGUGGCUUCCCGGCGGAGAGCGUUGCCAAUUCUUCGGUGCUGGUGGUAAAAACGCACGAGUGGGGCCCGAACGCCUGGGCCCCAUACACGAAAGCGAUCCUGCUCGUCCGUGACCCGGAGCGGGCCAUCCUCGCCGAGUUCAACCGCCAGUCCGGCGGCCACGUUGGAUUUGCCUCGCCCGACCGCUACCGUAGGACCAAGGGUCGAUAUUGGACCCAAUUUGUAAAAAAUAAACUUUGGGCGUGGGAACAAACGAACCUCUCCUGGGCGAAAAACUUUACCGGCGAGGUGCGGCUCGUGUUCUACGACGAUCUGGUCGCCAACGUCGAGGGAACGUUACGCAGUAUUCUGAAGUUUCUCAACCACACGCCGGACGAGGAGCUGCUCGCUUGUGCACUGAUGCGGAAGGAAGGGAUCUAUCGGCGCAAGAAACGCAUCCUGCAGUUUGAUCCGUACAGUCCGGCGAUGCACGCAGCGAUCGACGAAAAGCGGGCCGAAGUCUACGCAGCCCUUGGACGCUACGACGCACAGUGAGGGACAGUUGCAGGACCGGCAGCUGGAUAUGUGAUUAUUUUUGUCUCUUAGUUUACUUGGAACGUUGGUCCAAACUCGAAGUGUAAACUAGUUUUCCUACAAGAAUGCUGCGCUUUCUUUCCCAUAGCGCGUUGUACAAAAUCCGAUUAGGUUGUUAAGUUAAUGUCCUUUUUUACGUGAUUGCGAAGGAAAGUUAAGGUGCAAAUCAAGCGAAUGGUUUGCGAACGUUUGAAUGCUUCCAUUUUGAAUUACUUUUUAACUACAAAGCCAUACAGUACUCGUUAGGUUGUUUCUAGUUCAGUAUUGUGCUCCAAGUCUGUCCAUGAAACUGCUCACUAGAUUAACCAACUAUUCUAGUCCAUGCGGGCGAUCGUAGGAACUGCGAUCGUCAACACUGCAGCCAAAAAGUACUUAAUAAUUAACGAAACCAAGAUACACGCAAUUCAGCAACAACGUACGAAACGAGCAGGCUUAACAGAUACUACUUAUUCAACACACGAAUUAGAGGCAACAUGUGUAGAAGCUAUAAGAAACUUGUAAGACUUUUAGAGACAACCUAGGAACAAUAGCUACAACAUAAGCAUACAGAAGCGCACGGUGGCGUGGAUGAUUUGUAGUAGAACGUUUACGUUUAUUUUUUACUGAUAAUGCGACAAACACCGUACCCCCAAUGGUAGAAUAUAGGUGUUUUGGGGAAAAAAUGGAAACACACACGAGCAUAAUAUAAUUCACACGUACCAUUGAUUAGCUAAUUGUAUCAUGCGGUGUGAGCGAAGUAAUACACAAUAAUAGCGCUGGGCUGGUGGAAGAACGGAUGUGCAUUAAACGUGAACACCAGGGCAGGAGAAAAUAAACCUAUUUAGAAGUG